CAUGUUAUAGUUAUGAACUAUUGACUCACAAGCCUAACCUCCAUCCAUAUCUCUAUAUAAUAUCUAGAUUCAUAUUCUCAUUCUCACAAAUCACAACAAACCACAAAACCAAAGAUUUAGUUUUUCUCUCAACCAAAUCUCAACCUUAAAAACCAACAUGGCAACAAAGUUUACUCUUCUUUGCCUUAUCUUCACUUUCCUAACAAUUGCAACUUCAACACCAACAAAUUUCAUAAAAUCCUCAUGUAGCACAACAUCAUAUCCAACACUUUGUGUUGAAUCUCUCUCAAGCUAUGCAUCAACAAUCCAACAAGAUCCACACCAAUUAGUCCAAACAGCUUUAUCACUUACUCUCAACAAAACUCAAUCCACCAAAAGCUUUGUAACAAAAUGCAAAAGUUUUAAGAAUCUUAAACCAAGAGAAUAUGCUGCUCUUCAUGAUUGUGUUGAAGAAAUCACUGAUAGUGUUGAUAGACUUAGCCGUUCAUUAAAAGAGCUUAAACUUUGCAAGGUUAGUGGUCAAGAUUUCAAUUGGCAUAUAAGCAAUGUUGAGACAUGGGUGAGCUCAGCUUUGACUGAUGAAAGUACUUGUAGUGACGGAUUUGGUGGAAAAGCACUUGAUGGAAGAAUGAAAACUUCUAUUAGAUCUAGAAUGGUUAAUGUUGCUCAAGUUACUAGUAAUGCUCUUUCACUUAUCAACCAAUAUGCUACUAAUCACUAGAAAGAUUUUAGUGUUAUCUAGGAAUCUAAGUGUGUGCUUUUGAGGUUGUUGAGAAUCACUUAAAUGUGGUUGGUGCUUUUUUUUUUUUGUUUUGUUUUGUUAAUUUUAUUUUAUGUGGUGUGCAAUGUGUAAUUACAUCUAUAUAUAUAUAGAAUAUAAAUCUUUGUGAUGCAAUUUAAGUGUGUGAAAUAGAAUUACUUUUUUUUAUAUGA